AUGGUAACGAGAAAUAAUAUUACGUCAUCGGCCCACGCCAGCAUCGUCGCAACGUCACACAUGUGCGACAGCUGUGGAGCUCAGUUGGCGCUCACCAGCCCGGAGAGAAAAACGGAGAUCCGAUAAUUUAGUCCGAUUUUUAUUAAUCCGAGGAGCAUAGGUGAGUUUACACUGACACACACCGAGCCAGGUAGAGGUCUGAACCACUCUGACCUGAACCAGGACCAGAUAGACCUGGUCCCAGUCAGAGUCUGUGAUAGUCCGGUGUCCCAGUGCGUGUUUGAAGGUGUUAUUAUUGAUCUGAUUGAUCAACUGUCUGGUGUUAUAAUCUUAUAAUUAAGUGGAAAUGCUGAUUAAGCAUUUCCACUUAUUGUUAUUCUCCUGUUUCUUUAUUAAGUGGAAAUGCUGAUUAAGAUUAAGCAUAUAUCUUAUAUAUCUUAUAUAUUAAGCAUAUAUAUUAUAUGUGUCUGCUUCACCACCUGUCUCCGCCCACAAACUUUGAGCUACAGAAACCAUUCUGGGCUUCAAAAAUUCGGCUCAUUGAAGAUAUUAUGGGGUGUUUUGAGGAUUGUGAUAAUAAAUUGUAUUAAUGUGUUCAGCAGAGUCUUGUGUUCUCACAAGCUCCUUAUCAUGAAUAUAUACAGAGGAUGAGCGUCAGGGCCUACUUGGAGUCCUGUUUCCUUAGCUUCAAGCCUUCUUUCUCCUGCUAUAGUUAUGCAUCUACGGUCCCCAUGGCAACCAAUUUGUGCACCUGGAGACACGCAGCUGACUGGAAAGCUGCUUCUAACGGCCAUAUGAGACACAUGAAGCCAGGCUCAGUACACAUAGCACUGGGGAUUACAUUUAGAACCCUUUACUCGAGCGCUUGACAAGUUCAGCCCCUAUCUCCUCACAUGAACUCUGACCUACAGAAACCAUUCAGGGCUUUAAAAUUAAAGCUCAUUGAGGACAUUAUGGGGUGUAUUCAGGAUUUUUAUUCAUUUAAAUUUUUCUCAUUUUAAAGUCACUCAGUGAUGAUUUAUCAUUUAAUUUUUCAAACUAAUUUAAACUCAUUCAAACUGAUUCAAACCUUUCUGAUACUUGAGGAUUUCUAAUUAUUUAAAUUUUCACUGAUUAAAUUAGCUUUAAUAUUUAUGCAUUAUUCCAUCCUUCAAACAAAAUCCUACCUCUAGUACUACAACUACUGCUAAUGUCAAUUAAACUAGUACUUUCCCCUCUACUUCAACUGCUAUUGCUCCUAUGUCUACUUUCUCUACUGCUGCUAUUGCUACUAUUUCUACUUUCUCUACUACUUUGACUUAUACUUCUUUUAUUCUCAAACUACUUCUACUGUUUACAUGACUACUAGUAUCACUACUUGACUUCUUAUCAUACUACUUCUAGUACUACAACUUAAACUUAUGCCACUUCUCACCUUCCUGCCUUUUAAGGCAGUUUCCUUCUUCGUUCAAACUUUGUGCAAUUUUAGACAUUUUUUCUAGCCUCUUUCAGCAUGAAUAAAAUUUCCUUUUAUAGAGCAUAUUCAUACUAUUUGUCCUUCAACCAAUUAAACAAUUAUCCAACUUAUAUUUCUUUUUCACCCCUUCAACAGCUUUAACAUUUAAACCUUUCUCCAUGUUUUAUUAGCAGUUUAGCAUUGCUUUUUCAGCUUUCAGCACUCAGCAUUUCCACGCAUUUUCUGCAAGGAAAUGCAAUUUUUCUAGUUGUUAUUCCUGCCUGCCAUUUUCUUUAUUAUUAUUCUUCCGUCCCUUUUUUGCCGCACUUCUCCUCCUUCAAACUUUGUGCUAUUUCAACCAUUCAAACUUUAAACAAUUCCACUCCUUAAGGACAUUAUUGCGUCUAUUUUUUUCCUUUCUACCCUUUAUACUUUUUGUUUUUUUUUAACGUUUUGUGCCAAAAUUUUAACAUUGAAGUCAAUGGGGAAAUCUUCCAGUUCUUCCUUUUAUUCUUCCACCUUCAAAGCCUUAUAACUUCAGCAUACUUUCACCUAGAGACCUCAUUUUUGCUUUAAAAUGUUCAUUUACUUGUCGACAAUUAAUGUUGUAUUCACUUUUUUGUGCUAUCUUCUACAGUUUUCCCACAAUUUAGCUUUAAGCACCUCAUGGUUUUCAGCAAAUUUUCAGGCUUUAUAAUGGGUGUGUAUUGGAGAGGCUAGAGUGAUGAUGUCAUCACUAGAGUGGACAGCUCCUCUUUUUUCGACAGAACCUCGCUCGAAUAUAUCGCUCCCACGCCCACAAAUUUCACUCCACAGCCAUAAAAAAUACAUCAAAAUGGAGGUAUAUGUGUCCUGCUUCUCACAAAAGAGGUUUCAAAUCAUUAUGUCCUACCCCUUGGCCAGCAGGUGACCAACUGUCCAAAUAGGCGGAAAUCUCUCCCAUUAACCCUAAUGUAAUUUUUCUCCAAGAAAAUCCUCAUCACCCCUCAGACUCAGACUUUUUUAACUCGCUGUUGUGGCCACAUUUUUUGGAGUACAGACAUGAAAAACACAUCAUUGUGUUCAUGAAGGGCGGAGGAUUCGUACGAUGUUCUUAUUUUCAUUCUGGGACUUAAGGAAAUCAAUCAUUAACGAGACACACACACACACACACACACACACACAAACAGUCUGACAAUGUGUGUGCGUGUGUGUCUCUGUCUAAAAGACCUGCAUGUACACACAGUUAAUAUGUGCCUGCUUCACCACCUAUCUCCGCCCACAAACUUUGAGCUACAGAAACCAUUCUGGGCUUCAAAAAUUCAGCUCAUUGAGGACAUUAUGGGGUGUAUUUAGGAUUUUGUUAAUUAAUUGUAUCAAUAUGUUCAGCAGAGGUUUGGGGUUCUCACAAGUUUCUUGUCAUGAAUGUAGCUGUUACAGAGAAUGAGUUUCAGGGCAUAGUUUUGGAAUUUUUUCUCAGCUUCAAGCCUUCUUUCUCCUGCUGUAGUUAUGCAUCUACCGUUCCCAUGGCGACCAAUUAGUGCACCUGGAGACACACAGCUGACUGGAAAGCUGCUUCUAACUAGCCUGGCUGGGCCAUCCAGUUGCGUGAAUCACUUGUCGUUAGGGUUGGGUAUCGAGAAUCGAGUAUCGAUGGGGACCAGGACUAACAUUUCGAUUCUUCCGGAAUCGUUGAAAUAUUAAAAUUUCGAUUCCAAGUUUCGAUGCCUUUGAUGAUUUUUUUCAGGCUAUUCAAAUAUGCCGAAAACAAUAGCCCUCUGAUUCGGAAUAUUUGCUGUCCCGAAAAUAUAAUGUUCUCUACCUUUACAGCUUACUGUACAGUUUAUAUACCCAAGUACACCUCUAUGUGUGCAUUUUUGAGACACAUAAAAACAAAACGAAAGUUUACUGCUCCAUUUAACAUGUUGUCAUGAUCUAAUACUCGUGUAAUAUGUGAUCAUUGUCUUCCACUAAGAAGCUAAUGAGUGGAGGGGAGGCAUUCUAUGGCAGGGGUGCAUUCUACAGCACAACACCUGUCUUCUGCUAACCAGCCAGAAUCAGAUAAGUGAAACAAUAAAUUACUUCUGUCCUCUGCUAACAUUGAAGCGGCAAACUAAUUGUACUGUGUACAGUGGGUCAACUUAAAUAUCCAACUAACAUUAGCCCUUGAUGGAGAAGUUCAUGGAGAAAUUCAGAAAUUUCAUCCAAAAAGAAGAGCUCCGGUUAGCACCCUCAUUCAAACCAUGCUUUUUUUUUUUUUUUUUUUUGAUAUCCUGCCUUUAAAAAGAAUCAAAAUAGAGAAUCAAUAGGAAUCAGAAUCAAAAUAAGGAAUCGAAAUCGGAAUCGUUCAAAAUCAAACAAUACCCAACCCUACUUGUCGUUCCUUCCCACAACAGUCUGGACUUCGGCCAAUUGGGAGCGUGUAUUACAAAUCAGAAAAAAAACGGGCCAAGCAGCGACUGUGUUUCCACUGUUCCCUGGACAACAGGGAAAGGCAGCCCCUGAUUGGUCCAUGUGUAGAUGUAGACGUCUAACACAUGCUGCGGGACUUUUCAAAGCGCCGUUAAUUCUGCAGUUGACUUUGCAAAGUCGGCAGAAAUCGUUUAUAUCCGCAGAAAAAAACGUAAAAGACAUUGUUUGCUCGUACACGUUGAAAUAUUACCAAACCUUUACUUGAUGCUUGAGAGCCCAGCAGUUGCGCACUGUGAUGACGUCAGAUGUUUGGUUACGGUGAAUGGUUACAGUAGUCUGUCUAUCAAGGAAAGUUCUCCCGCCCACUUUUAGGGCUCCCAAUUGGCCGAAGUCCAGACUGUUGUGGGAAGGAACGGCAAGUGAUUCACACAACUGGAUGGCCCAGCCAGGCUAGCUUCUAACGGCCAUAUGAGACACAUGAAGCCAGGCUCAGUACACAGAGCACUGGGGGUUACAUAUAAAACCCUUUACCAGAGCACAUGACAAAUUUUGGCCCCUUUCUCCUACCACAAACUUUGAGCUACAGAAACCAUUCAGGGCUCCAAAAAUUCAGCUCAUUGAGGAUAUUAUGGGGUGUACUCAGGAUUUUUAUUCAUUUAACUUUUCCCCACUUUAAAAUUAUUCUCAUUAUUCAUGCUUUAUUAAAUCCUUCAGACAAAUCCAAACUCAUUCAAACUGGUUCAAACCUUUCUGAUACUUCAAACCUGUUUAACACUUUAGGACUUCUAAUUAUUUAAAAAUUUUCCCAAUUUAUGUAUGUUUUAAUUCUUAAAACAAAAUCCCAGUUCUACCACUACAAUUACUACUUAUAUCACUUUAACUUGUAUCUUCACUUCUACCUCCACUGCUCUUGCUUCUCUUAAUAUUUUUUUACUUCUACUCUUACUUCUACCACGAGCUCUACUGCUUUGACUUCUACUUCUUCUAUUCUAAAACUACUUCUACUGCUUCCAUAACUACUAAUAUCACUACUACAACUACCUAUUAUCAUAGUACUUCAACUUGAACUUAUGCCACUUCUCACUUUUCUGUGUUUUAAGGUAAAUUUUUUUCCUUAUCCAUUUUUUUUGCAAUUUCAGACAGUUUUUCUAGCCGUAUUCAGCAUGAAUGCAAUUUUAAUUUAUGAAGCACAUUCAUACUCUUUGUACUUCAGCAAUUUUCACUUUCAUCCAACUUCUACUUUUCUUUCUCCAGCUCUUUAACCAAUUUUACAUUUAAACCUUCCUCCAUUUUUUUUUAGCAGUUUUGCAUUGCUUUUUCAGCUUUCAGCAUUUCCACGCAUUUUCUGCAAGGAAAUGCAAUUUUUCAAGUUAUUAUUGUUAUUGUCAAGUUCCUCCUAAACCUGCAGAUAAAGUUCAACCUUCACAGAUGUGGAAAUACUGAGAACAUAGACUCUGAUAAUCCUCAUAUAAAACAGUCCAGAGGGUCCCUCUUCUUUUAAGAGCAGAAAACAUGAAAGAGUCAAGGUCCAAAAGGUCGAAGAGAAUGGAUUAUAUUUAAUUUACUAUUGUAUUAUAUUUUAUUUUAUUUUGUUUUAUUCAUUUCAUUUAUUCAAUUACUAUUGUAAUAUAUUUUAUCUAUUAUUGUAUUAUAUUUUGUAAACUAUUGUUUUUAUUUUAUCUUAUUGUUAUAUUUCAUUCACUAUUAUAUUUAUUGUAUUGUAUUACAUCUAAUUUACUAUUGUAUUUUAUUUUUAAUUGUAUUAUAUUUUUCUUUUAUAUAUUUCAUUAUUAUUGUAUUUAAUUGUAUUUACAAUUGUCUUACAUUUUAUUUAUUUUAUUUGUCUUAUUCACUAUUAUAUUUUAAGUAUUGUAUUACAUUUUAUUUACUAUUGUAUUCUAUAUAUGAUCGUUUUAUAAUUUAUCAUUGUAUUAUAUUUGAUUAAUAAUUGUAUUGUGUUAUAUUUUAUUUAUUAUUGUAUUUUAUUUUUUAAUAAUUGUUUUUUAUUCAGUAUUGUAAAUUUUUUGUUUAUUAUAUUUUAUUAUGUAUUGUAUAAUAUUUUAUUUAUUAUGGUAUUAUAUUUUAUUUAUUAAUUUAUUUAUUGUACUGUAUUUUUUAUCUUGGCAGACUGUUAAAGGUGUAGGGUUGGACAAAUAAGUUCCCUGAUCCUCGAUCCUUGGUCCAGAGAGGUCCAUAGUGUUUCUGAAUCCUGUCUCUACCUGGUCUUUCAUGGUUUUAAAUCUGGACCACUGAAUCUGGAUUUGAUAGUUUUCCUGACUCCGGUCUCCCCGUUUCAGGAGGAUCAGAGAUGCAGUCUGGAUCAGAUCCCACGGGACCUGGACUGACGUCGGUCAGGAGAUCUCCUCGGCUGUCUCCUCAGGUUGGUUUCUGUCUGUUUUUGUCAUUAUGGGGCGGUUUACAGAUGAUCGAUGUUUUAAACGGAGUCCCUUCAUGUUCUCAGGCUGAACCUGUUGUUGGUUUGAGUCUGAAAAAACAUCAGACCAAAAAUGAACAGCAGCGUUUGAUAAUAAAAAACUUUGAAUAAAAAUAAGCAUGUUCAGAAUGAUAUGCUCCUGUUUGCGUUUGUAGUUCUUGAUCAAAAUGUCGCAGAUAAGUGUGUCUUUAGAGAUCCUCUGAGGAAGUCUGCUAAUGUUUAUUUCUGCUGCUGUCAAUCAUUGACCUGAAUUGGAGUUCAACCUCAGCCUCUCAUGAAUGUUUCACACGUCAGUCAGACUGAAGAAAAACUCAACGAGGAGAAGGAGUCCUCUCUUCUUUGCUCCUUUCAUUUUUCUCGUCUUCUUCUGUGUGACUAUUUCAGGUCUGUAUCUGACAUUAUGUCUAUCACUGAGCCGCAGAGUGUGUGUCAGAAUAAAUGUUGGCGUGUGUGUGUGUCUUCAGUGCAGCGGCGCUUCAACAAAAGAGGAGAAGAAGAAAGGGGGGAGCAGUCUGCAGGAGGUGAAGAGGAGAGGCAGGAUGGAGAGGAGCAGGGAUGAGGAGGAGGAGGAGCUGAAUGACAGGCUGCAGACGCUGGUGAGACUCCGAAGAGCACAGAGUGCUGUUUGUGUCUGUUUGAAUUAACCAUAUUUGGAGACUGCAGGUGAACCAGCUGACUGAUAAACAGCUGAUCUGUCGGCCAGAGAAGAAUCACAAUGAGAGUCCAUGAAUGUAAAGAAAUGGAUGCGCUGAGUCUGACUAAAACUGGACUUCUAUAAUUUAGAGCACUCUUCAGUCUGACUGAAAUCACACUAUCAUGAAUGAGUUAAAGGGAUAUUCUGGUGUAAAAUUAAGUUAAGGUCAAACACACUGUAACACCCAGUUAGACCCCCCUCCAGAGAUGAAUGUUGCUGACCGCUUGCUUCUCUAGUUAUACCAACUUCAGUAACGACUGCAGGAUAGAAAUACACAGAGGCAUGAUGAGCUAUAAACAAACCUCAACCAAAACACCACUCUAUAGCCACAAAUAAUGCUCAGAACAGCACCUAACUUCGUCAACAGGACAUAUAGGGUCACAGACAUAGUACUAGACACCAAACAUCUUUUUAACUUUGACUCAUUUCUUUAGCAAAGAGACUAAACACAACUCACCUACUCUCUUCCAGCAGCCGCUUGUUUGUAGUGAGACCUCAGGCCAGUCCAUUACAGACUACAGCGGGGUGACACAGCUCAAGGAAGACACUAUAAUGACCUGUUUUAUCUUGGCCUCAGUGAAUAAACUGGUGUUCAGCAGUAAGUGAACAACGCUACACCCCUCCCUCCUCCACCUGAAUUAAUUCAUUCGCAAGUUGUUUGUUUCAUUCACCAUGUUGUUCACUGACUGAUACAUGUCGUUCAUUCGCUGAGUGAAUCACAAGACUCUGCUAGCCCGCUGGCUGGCUGGGUGUUGUUCGCCAAAGAGUCAAAGGCGGCAGUUCCACUCUUGACCGUCACGUCAGGCUCGCGGCUGAGCUCAACUGAACUGAGAAAGGAACGAAUCAGGUCUCAGAGUGAUUCAGUUCACGUCGUUCACUCUGUUCUUUUGAACAAAACGUUCAUGAACAACACAACACUACUGUUGAUGAGGUUAGGUGCUGUUCUGAGCAUUAUUUGUGGCUAUAGAGUGGCGUUUUGGUUGAGGUUUGUUUAUGGCUCCUCAGAGCCUGAACGGAAACAUCGUAAACAGGACCAAGUAUCAAUUCCUGUCGUUAUUAUCUUGUUGCCAUAAAACCAGUGAGCCUCUUUUUUUCUCAUGUUGGUCUGAUGACAUAAAAAAGCUGGGGCAGACUCGCGUGUGUCAGCAAAUCUCUUCAAACUGGGACAAAGACUAAUGUGUAAACGUUAAUGUUUGACAGCAGCCGGCUGAGCUGAAAACUUGGUUAUCAGUUCAUAAAAAAGGAACAUCAUCAUGGUGGUAAAAGGGACAGGACCCAGAAUGGACCCCUGUGGUACUCCCUUUUCUUACACUCUUGAGGUCCUUACACACCAGCGAAUUUGCGGAGCGAAGCGGAAAAGCGAGACGAAAAUGCGAAAAUAUUCGCCGGUCCGAAAAAUCGCUUUCGCCUAUACACACCGGGCGCGAAGCGAAUAUGCGUAUAAAUUUUGCAAAGCGAAUUAAUAAAGUCGCUUUACGGCACGGAGGAGAGGAGAUGCGGGGUGGUCCUGUACCGCUAUUACCAGCCUCUCUCCCAUCGUUGCUCUUGGUGCCAGUGGUGGUGUGUGUCGUGUGAAUGGCUGCUGAUUGACAUGUCUAGCAUUAUGAGCGAGGGAGAAAGAGGAGGAAAAGCUGUGAGAGACGCCGCAGCAGCCAGGAGAGGCGAGGGCUGAGCAGUGAUCCUUCAAGUUGUCUGGUCAUUCUGUUGGCCCUGUAGCUGCAGAUCAUCGGUAUGUCAAACAGCUAAGAGGGAGAAUCAGGCAUGAUGAGGCGGUCACCCUGUGAAGUGUGCAUGACACCUGUCUCCUAAGGAAGACAUGAGAGUGUCAUCUUGUGAGAAAACUACUUCAUUAGUAAUUAGAAAGAGUUUUGGAUGCACCUCAGCUGUCUUUCUCUGCGUUUUCAUAAUCUCAAACUUCUCCCUCUCCUCCAGCCGUAUGGGUCUGUGACGUCAUCAACAACAUGACUUUUGAUUGGCCAGAGGUCUAGCAGGUCCAGAUAUUCGCCUGUGAAUAUCCGAAAAAUUCGACACAAGAGCGAAAAAAUAAAAGACGCUUUUCGCCCCGCAGAAAAAUCGCCACCGGUGUGGAAGCUUGCAUUGACUUUAAGCUGUUUUAAAAAAAGGCGAAUAAUUCGCUUGGCGAAUAAUAAUUCGCUUGGCGAAUUCGUGCCUGGUGUGUAAGGACCUUUAGACUGAGCUGGUCCCAGGAUUACCACCUGCUGCCUGUUAUACAGGAAAGCUCGGAAACUAACCCAUGAUUUAGUCAAGUCUUUAAGAGGAGAUCCAUGGUGUCUGCUCCUUUGAGCAUCUGUAGGUGAGGUUGUGUUCAAAUACAUGUGAAGGAGGCGCCUGUGGACUGACAGAGGGUCACGUCUGAGGAAAACACCAAUCUGAGAAACACUGUGUUUCCUGCUGUGUGUGUGUGUGUGUGUGUGUGUGUGUGUGUGUGUGUAGGAUCUGUCCUGCAGAUCAGCAGCCAGUGGAACAGGUGUGGUGUAUUCAGAGAUCUUCACUCGCCAUCAGAACCUGUGGGAGCCCAGGUAACAGGACCCUCCUCACCAUCACUGAUCAUUAUCCUCACACAGAGAUGAGACUCAUUUUUUAUCGUCAGUAUUUAAUGAUCUGAUUUAGGCCUGGACGAUAUAGAAAAAAAGCAUAUCGAUAAAAAAUAAAUCAUAUUGAUCGAUAUCGAUAAUUAUCGAUACAAUAAUUAUAAUUAUUUAACAUAUAUUUUAAUUGCAGCCCUGGAUGUUAUAUGCUAUUGCUUAAUGACCUACUUUUAAUAAAGAACACAGAAGCACUGAAUUCAAAUUCAAACCUUUAUUCAACCACCUUUUUUAUUUUACCACAACUGAAAGUUUUUUUAAAAAAGAACUAAAAAAAAAAAGGAAAUCAACUUAAGGGGCCUGAGUGACGUCAGUAAAUACUGACAAACAUAAAGACUAAAGUGACCAGAAAAUCUGAUAAAUAAAUAUUUAAAUAGUCUUUUGAUGAAAAUAAACAAAACAAACAAAUAUAUAAAUAAACAGAAUAGCUUUAGGUGGGAAUAACAUACUACCAGUUUUAACUGUGUGAGAAACUGCCCACAGCCUGGUGUCUGAACACUGAAAUAUUUCUCCCGGGGUCGGGAGAUUUAUUUUUUUUAAUUAUCAUGUGAUUGACUUGAUACGCAAACUGAGCACGAGAAGCAGGACUUAUCCACGCCGGUGUUGUGUCGUAGAAUGCACCCCUGCCGAAUGCACCCCCUGCUAGUAGCCAUGAUCCAAAUACUCGCGUCUUUGUAAAAUAUGAGCUCAUUUUCUUCCACUUUAAGAAGCUAAUGAGUGGACGGGAUGCAGGGGUGCAUUCUUCUCACCUUUUCAACCCCUGACCCAUUUUCAUGCCUGAAGCGCUGUGUUUGAGAAAUACUUGCGGCCGGGCACUUCAUAUCGCGGGUCGAGAGUGGCUAGAAGCUGUUUGAAGCCAGGCUUUUCAACGGUAGUUAUUGGCAGUAUGUCCCUCGCUAUGGAGCAUGUUACUGCAUGGGUGAUGUCCUUAUGCCGCUCGGACGCUUUGUCGUAUUUUGGCAAGAAACGAAGUCCAGUUUGGUCUGCUUCACUUGCUUCGUGCUGGUGCUGGCAGCGGUUCCAGAGGAUUCCUCCUCCGACGACGUGGAGCCGCGGCGCGGCCGACACAGCUCGUACUCCUGCGGGUGCGAUCGGUUUAGAUGGUAAAACAAGUUGGUUGUGUUACCAGACUUGGUUUUUACUAAUUCUCUGCAAAUUUUGCAAACGACCGCUGUUCGCUUUUUGUCAGACUUCUAAAAACCAAAACAUUGCCAUGCUGGUGAACUACUGACAAUGUCCUCUGCUUCUCCUUGCUGUAUCAUUUUUUCUAAUACACGUGCUGUCUGUUGUGGUUUGAUAGGGGCUGGGCUUGGUGCCGUAGCGUACCUGAGUCUGCGUUUGUGAUUGGUUGGGAGGAAGUAAUGACUGUAGUAAAAGCUACAUGAUAGGCUAUGAUGAAAAAGAAAGGGAAACUGUGUUUUUCUAUCGAACUUUUUAUCGACCCGUUUUUUUUCUAUCGCAGCACACGUCUAUCGAUCGAUAUAUAUUGUUAUCGAAUUAUCGUCCAGCACUAAUCUGAUUCUGUUUCAGUGUUUUAAGGUUCGUUUUGUUUUAGUUGGUUAAAAAAAUCAUGCGUGUUAUGGUUGCGAGGGUCAGGGUUAGCCCAGAGAGAAAGUUUGUUUCUAUGCAUGCUUUUAAAACCUCACCCAAGUUUUGAACUCUGUAUUUGAAGGUGAAGUUGUUGUUUUGUUGUUCAGUCACCCGGAGAGUCCAGACAGGGUGACGUCCAUCCUGGACGAGCUGCAGAAACAGGAGCUGCUGUCUCACUGCAUCACCCUGCAGGUCUGUCUUUCUUCACUUUCUUUACAAUCUUCAGACAUGUCUUUGAGAUGAAUGUCCUGCAGGGAGCGCUAUGCGAAGCUCCAACGAGUGUGUGUGUGUGUUUCUGUUUCAGCCCAGAGAGGCGACAGAGGAGGAGCUGCUGCUCGCUCACACGUGAGUCCACACUCUGACACUAAAAACUGCUGAAGAGGUGCGGCGCCGUAGAGUCCUGAAAAAAGAGGGGAGGCUUCAGCAAACGUCAGUUCAGGGAGUCAAAGAAAAACAGACAGCUGACAAGAGGAAAGACACACAGACAGGAAAAAAAGAUUCAGAUUAGCAGCUGUCAGACCCUCCUGUGUGACGUCAGCCUUUGUACCUUUCUAUCAUUCAGAGUAGGGGUCUUCUGGAAAGUUCUGGAGAGUUUGUGAGCUGUGUGAGGAAAGUGAAUCAAAUCAAACUUAAUUUAUAAAGCGCUUUUCAUACAAAGGAUGCAACACAAAGUGCUUUACAUUCCAUUAAAAACAAAAAAGUCACAUACACAGUUUCCCCUAAAGCACACAGGGGAACACACACACACACACACACACACAAACAGCCAUACGUAAGGGCGCUAAGAUAGUGAAUAUGAGGCGGGGUACAGAUGAACCAGUUUAGAAAGCGCCAUCAGAGGAGCCGUCAGCACCAGGACACCAACACAAACAUAAACCUCCACCAGGAACCCCGUGACCGGCCCCUGCAACCACAGCUGACCACCGCUCCCGGGGCUGAGGGCUCCCUCAGAGGAAAUACUGGGGGUCCUAAAAAUGAUGAAAGGAUAAAAACAAGUGAAAACUAAAAUAUGAAUAAAAUAAAACACAGACCAACCCAGUGACAAUAAAACAAAUAAAUAUAAAAUAAGAAACCUAGGCUACUAGAAUAAAUGAAGAUAAAAUAAAUAAAUGUUCAUUAAAAGCUAAAAGGUGGGUCUUGAGCCUGCUCUUAAAAAACACGAACGCUCUCUGCGGCCCUGAGGUCCUCUGGCGGGCUGUUCCAAAGAAGAGAGCCGUAAUACUGGAAAGACGCCUCGCCAUAAGUGUGAAUUGAGGAGCGCAGGGUCUACGAAGGUUCAUGAGGUAAAAGCAUUUCUGAGAGAUAAGAAGACCCAAGACCAUUAAGACAUUUAAAAACAAAAAGAAGAACCUUAAAAUCAAUCCGAAAACACACAGGGAGCAAACGCAAUGAUUCUAAAACCGGGAAGGAAUGAACAGACGGGCAGGUGUCCAGCGAACUGGUGGAUGAAUUUUUAUUUCUGAUUUUAUUUUAUUCACAUUAAAAGGUGGGGUAGGCAAGAAUCUGUUGAAGAAGCAUCUUUUUUUGUGGUGUAUUAACAAAAAAGCUUUUAAUAUUAGUCAAUAGUGAAAAGUUAUUGAUGAUAUUUGGGAAUAUAAUGAUAUCGCUGUGUUCUCUUAUGUCUGUGUAGUCAAUUUUUUAAUAUUAUUGAGCGGUCUGCUCUUUCUGAUUGUAAAUACAGCCGUUCUCCGUCUCCCUCAUCCUGAUUGGUUGUGAGGCGGACGCUGCUCCCCCACCAAACUCCAAACAAAUUUAGCGUGCUACAAUAUUGGACAGUAUAAACUAGCGCCCAACCAAUAGGGAUUUUUGGAGGCUGAUACCGAUUAUUAGGGAGGGAAAAAUCUGAUUACCGAUUAAUCAGCCGAUUUUUAAACAUUUUUUAUGAAGUUUUAAAAUUUUGUUAAUUAUAUCAACAUAUUUACAUAGUUUUUUUUAACAAAUGGCUGCUUUUGAGCCACUCAAACACUUCAUUAGACACAGUGGUGAGAUGGCUGUCUGUCAUGAUAGCAUGUACUGAGUCGGGGUCAGUACCAGAUAAACACAUUAAACUAUAAUUCAUAAACCUAAGGUAACAACCGAGACCUAACGGUGCUGUGACAGCUACGCAAUUGAGUUUGAGACAGUGAAAAUACUUAUGGUAUGUUGUAUCUGAACAGGUUCGCUUACGAGCUUUAGUUACUUAGCACAGGUGAAAUUUAAAACAAAGACGUUUAUCAAACUGUUAAAGCACACAAACCAUCGUCAUAUGAGAAAUCCGACGCUAUGACUCUCCAUAAGUCGUCCUUCAGGUCGUUAUCUUUGUAAUGUUUGUGUCUUUUAUCAAAAAAAACUCUGCUCUCCGACACGUAAACAAUCAGCCGGUCGGCCAUGUUGGAUAUACGGUGAAUCUGACUUUGCAACAACACGCAAUCUGAUUGGUCAGAAGUGGACACACAGAAUGCGAAACUUUAGAAAAUCGACCAUGAUCUGAAAAAAUAAAUGCUGAUGUGAACGCUUGUAUUGACAGGAUACGUGUUCGAAAAAAAAUAUUGACGUCCGAAAUAAUUGCACGUAAAAAACGGUCCUAGUGUGAAAGGACCUUAUGUCGGGGAAACUUUUCAAAUGGCGGAACUUUUUUGAAAUGAAACCGAAUCUUAUUCUCUGCAUUUUAUUUCUGAAAAUAUUGCCGAAAAUCCGCGAGUUUAGGCCGAUUACUGAUUAGUCUCAGAUGGGCUGAAAUUGGCCAGAAUGUUUGGAAAAUUGUCUGAAUCCUCCUUUGGCCACGACUGCCGACACAAGCAAGAAAACAAAGUAAAUACCGGAGACUCUGGAGGAAUAACGGGCGCUUAAAAUGGAGGUAGACCGGACAAGAGCUAAAAAGCCGGUUCAACAUAAACGAUGGGGGACGCUUGGGGAUCUGGGUGACCCUGUAACCUUUCUGCUGGACAGGUAAACCGCUUUAACAAAGUAAGACAAGUGUCUGUAACAGAAGUGUUUCUUGUCAAACGGACCUGCUGUAGCGUGUUGGAGCGCUGCCAAACUGUUGACCUCAGGUCCUGGACUAUGUCACUUUAUCCUAGUUCUAGAAGUCCUGCAAACAUUGUGUUUGCUGGUUGUCUGUUGGCAUCUACAGUAGCACCAACUGUACUGUAGAUGAUUUCUUUCAAAUACUGGAAAUUCCUCAGAUCCAGACGACACCAUGUUAAACUUUAAAACAUGUUUGUUUUCUUUUUUUUCUUAACUGAUUUUAGGAAACAGUAUGUGGACCUGAUCAAGUCCACUCAGACCAUGACGGAGGAGGAACUACACACUCUGUCUGACAAAUAUGACUCUGUGUACCUGCAUCCUGUAAGAACACACACGGUUUAUGAACAAUUUUGUGCCCUCCGCCAUUAAAUUAUUGAAUUCUAGGGGAGGCAUUUUCUGAUCGUGUAGUGUGUUAUAUUUUAUAAGGAAUCCGAUCUGGGUUCCACUGUGACUGGAAUGGACUGACGUGAUUUUAUGUAUGUGUGAGCUGCUCUUAAAAUGCUGCAAAUGAAUUGCCCUUUUGGGAUCAAUUAAGUUUUCUGAAACUGAAACUGAAACAGAAACAUACACACACUCAUUUGUAGAAUAAUACACGUCUGAAACAGUUAUUUGACUUUGUGUGUGUGUGUGUGUGUUUACAGGAGACCUUCCAGGUGUGUGUGUCAGCUGUGGGUUCGGUCCUCCAGCUGGUUGAUCAGGUGAUGACCUCUGAGCUCAGAAACGGAUUCGCCAUCAUCAGGUAACAACGAUUGCACCCUUUCAUGAUGCGUUUAAGUACACCUGUUACUGUAGGUGAUGACCGUAAUUCUUAAGCACCUGAACGCAAAGUUACCACGGAGACACUGAGAGUGUUUGAACCCUCUCUUCAGACCUCCAGGUCAUCACGCUCAGUCCGACCAGGCCAACGGUUUCUGUGUCUUCAACAACGUGGCCAUUGCGGCUCGAUACGCUCGGACCAGACACUCAGUCAGCAGGUGUGUGCGUGUGUGCGUGUGUGUGUGUGAGUGUCAUGCAGGUGUCAUGUUUUAACCAGCUGUUAAGAAAACACAAAAACUCUUAAAAGGCUGAAAUCAGAAAAUCCUCAAACCAGUUUGAGACAGCACUGAAAGGGUAAAUUGACGACCUUUCUGCUGAUCGGUCGACAUCAUUGAACCCGGUUCUUUCUUUGUGUGUGUGUGUGUGUGUGUGUGUGUCUAGGGUCCUGAUAGUGGACUGGGAUGUUCAUCAUGGUCAGGGUAUCCAGUACCUGUUCCAGGACGACCCCAGGUAACCUCUUUAACACCGUAGACACACACAAAUCUUACAUCAAAUCCAUCCUUAUCAAACGUGUGUGUGUGUGUGUGUGUGUGUGUGUGUGUGUGUGUGUGUGUGUGUGUAUGUGUGUCAGUGUGCUAUACUUCAGCGUCCACAGGUAUGAGGGCGGGGCCUACUGGCCGCACCUCCUUGAGUCUGACAGUCAGAGCUUUGGUAGUGGACAAGCUGAGGGAAGAAACAUCAACCUGCCCUGGAACAAGGUGCAGACUCCCGUCACACUCACGGCUUCAUUCAGUAACUCUCCGUAGAGCCGCAGUGAUCAAAUAUAAAGUAAUCAACUAUACUAUUGAUCUUUUUUUAAAGUUUUAAAGGAAACUCAGACGAACAAACUUUAAAACAGGAAAAAGACAACUCUUGUUCUGGCACCUGAAAUGUAACAGAAACACCGGGACGUUUUAGUCUCCCACAGAUUCACCGGGAUGACGUUUCAAGUCCUGGUUGUCGAUGUGAGCUUCAGUUGAAAAAAACUGAGCCAUUGAGGCAGAUUUGAAAACAGCAUCCCACCCCCCACACACAAACCUUUACUCUCUGGGCUCUAUUUUGGUGCCUCGCCGGAGACGUGCCGCAAGCGCAGUGUCGAUCAGAUCCGCCGCGCUGACAAGGCGUUCCCAAGCACAUUUUGGUAUUUUGGUGAGCCGCGCAGCCCGGCGUAAGUAUCCCCCCUCCCUAACUUAGCUCCUCCCAGCACCAUAAGUCGUAGAUGGGGAGGAGAGAGGGCGUGUAGUGGGUUUAACACAGCCGAGACCUGUUUUCACCAAUCACAUAAGCUCCUCUCCUUGCCUUUAAAUCCGCCACAGGCGAGGCGUAUUACUAUUUUCAUGAAGUAGUCAAAGAGAUCAAGAGAUGUCUUAAGACAGUAAUGCCACAAGAUGGCGACAGAGGGCAGCUCCUCAACAAGUGUCACUGUCGCAUUGGGCGUCCUCCACACUCUCUCAUAUGAGCACAGAUGGAUUUGGUGUGUGUAAAGUUGGACCCAGUGGUAAGACAAACACCCUUUUCCACAAAUAAAGACACUCACAUAAAGUUGCAUAUAUUCAAACCUCACGUGACAAAGGUGGGUUUAGCGCACAGAUCACAACAUGAACUCCAAAAAUGGCAUUAAAAUCGGAACCAUCUGUGCGUAAUGAUGCAUCGCGCUCCGUGGCCUGGCUCUUUCUUUCAUAGAUGUUGGCAUAUAAAAUAAAUUUGGCCCACAAAACUGAAUAUUAUAAUAUCCGUAUGUCGGCUUCAAGUAGAUAACGCAUCUGAGCACUGAAACAAAUCAUCUGUUCAGCCGCAGCAGCAGCAAGACGGACAGAGGACACGGAGACGUGUCCAGGUCGAGCUGUGCGAGAAAUAAGAGGAAGAGGAAGAAAGAAAAGGAGGGAGACGAAUUAAAUAUCUUGUUAACUUCAUCAUGUGUGUAUAUUUACUAGAUAUUUAAUUUAAUUUGAUGCGGUUUCAGCUGUGUUGAUUCGGUCAGGUUGUGUGUCCAAACGCGUGCCAAAAGCGCUCAUCAGAUCAGAUAUAGAUCAGAAUAUAUCUAUAUAGAUCUAAAUGUAUGUGCUGACUCAGAUUAAUAGUUGAUGAUGAUUAUUUAUUGCACUGAAAUGUGCCUGACACUGUGGAAACCUGCCGGUGAGGCAUCAGUGACGUAUGUCGAUUCGCUGCCGGUCUACCAAAAUACUACUAGACCAGCUGCGUUCCGCCAUGCGCUGAAAGCUGACCAGGUUUGAAUCAGCGAGCUUUCAGCGCACUUUACACCCUGGUGGCGAGCACGAAAAUGUCACUGCGCCAGCUGAUUCUGUCGACACUUCCCCCUGCCACGCCACCACGCCCAACUUGGCGGAUCUCGGCUCGCCUCCGUGCGGCUCAGUCCACGAAAAUACCAAACUGGCCUUGCGCCGGGCUCUGCCAGACGAAAAUACAACUGCGCGGGGCUCGCCGCCCUCCGCCGCCUCACUGGCGCGAACGAAAAUAGAGCCCUCUGUGUUCCACAAUAACUCCCCCCUGAACCUGUAUCGCCUUCCCCAUGACACUCCCCCUCUGUCAGAGCAAGAAGCCGGCCGGCAGAAGAUCCUACGCUAGCUUGAAAUAGGAGCCACCAUGUCAGAUUGUUAGUGACUAGCGGCAGUAAACGUCAGCUCUGCUAGUGAGCGCCGUCUGCAGCUGCCUGGACAGCUACCGUGUUGACAUUGCAGAGUCUUAGGCUACAUUCACACUGCAGGUUAUGAUGCACAAUUCGGAUUUUCUGUUAAAUACGAUCUUUUUGUGCAGUCAUUCACAUUACAACAAUGAAUGCGGCAUCUAAUGUGGACGAAAUGCGUCCGUGAAGUGACCCACAUGCGCACAAAGCAUGUUGGCUGGCUGUUCUCCGUUCCCUCGUCCGCCAUUGCUUUCCGCUCCUGUUUGUGUUGUCGAAGUAUGGUGACGUUUGUUGCAUAUUGAUGACGUAUAGGUCAGAUGAACACAACCUGAGCGUCCACACUGCAGUCACAUCGGAUACAUAUCCGAUUUAUAUCCACAUACAAAAGAGGCCUGGGUCGGAUUUGUAAAAAUCAAAAUUGUACUGUUUACACUUGCAUGAAAAAAUCAGAUGUGUGUCACAUAUGGUUAAAAAAUCGGAAUUGACCUGCAGUGUGAACAUAGCCUAAUAGGCGUUAUUUAUGUGACAUGUGCCACGAUAAAAGGAGAUAAAAAUUACGUGUUCAACAAAAACUCUGCUGUCUUGGCGUCUGUUUUCAGGUCCAAAUCCUGGUGGAGCUUUCUCCACUGCUCCAAGUAUGCUCCGAUGUUUAUUCCAGUUAGAUUCCUCGUUUGGUCACAUCUCCUCUUUGACUCCGCCCUUUCUUCUGUCAGCUUGCGUUUUCUUCCCACUUUUGGCGGUGGGGCGAGCAGAAGUGUUUUUUUUUUUUUUUGCGUACUUCUCCAUCACAGCUCCUGUAGCUAAGCUGCUACGCUACUUUUAGCCGCUUAGAGCUCCGAGGAGAACCGGGAGGCGAUAUUUUUUUUUGUAGGACGGUAGGUGAAGGUCCUGCCUCCUUCGCCUCUGAUUGGCUAGAAAAGAUGAAAACAUCACAACAUGCUCCAGCCAAAUGUGGGCUGUUGGGUCUGUACAUCGAACAGAACUUUACAGAACAUUAUGGUAAUUCUGAAUCUCCUAACCCUAACCAGACAGACGAUGAUGUUUCACAGCCAUGAGAAAUAACCAAUCAGAGCCCAGCACUUCUAGCUACAAAAAAAAAAAAAGUUAGCGUCCAGGAGAGUGGGAGGAGACGAUUUGGAACUACGGGAGAGGGGUGUGUCGAAUACAGCGAGGUGAUUGGUUGGGGAGGCGGAGCAGGAGAUCGACCAAUAGGAGCUGUCCAGGACAGAUGGCUCCCAUUGGUCGAUGUUUUUGCAGCCCUGCACCUGCUAGGGUGAAUGGAUUUUUUCCGUUCUUUUUUCUGUUCACUUUGUGGAGAUCAAACUAUAGGACCAUGAUCGCCAUAGAAACAAGGUUCAUAAUAAUUACCAAUCUCUCCAGUCGUCAACCAUGACUUUAAAUGAAAACUUCAACCAUGAUGAGAGACGGGGAGAACUUCGCUGGUCUUCGUGAUGGAAGUCAGAAACUCAGAAACAGCAACAACAACACCACUUUACUUUUAGCUUCAGCCCUGAUUAAACGAUCACAAUGAAGUAUUCGAACAGACUGAAUAGGGGCACAGUGAGAAAGUGAUGCCAUGACUGAUUCAUGUGUUUACUCUGCAGACGGGGAUGACACACGCUGAUUAUAUCUCAGCUUUCCAACAACUGCUGCUGCCUGUCGCACUUGAGGUGACACACACACACGCAGAAAUGAUUCUUUGUAUAUAAACAGCAUGUAUUUAUAUUGUCUUUGUGUGUGUGUGUGUGUGUGUGUGUGUGUGUGUGUGUAGUUUCAGCCUCAGCUGGUCCUGGUCUCUGCAGGAUUUGAUGCGGCCGUUGGAGAUCAGAAGGUAAAAACUCCACAGACCUCAGAUCAGCCACAGCGAGAGUACGAUCACAGAUUUACUGAGUUUAAGGUCUAACUGCAGUGUGUGUGUGUGUGUGUGUGUGCGUGUGUGUGUGUUCAGGGGGAGAUGUGUGUGAGUCCUCAGUGUUUUCAUGUCCUUACUCACAUGCUGAUGAGUCUGGCUGAAGGUCGACUCGUUCUCGCUCUUGAGGUAAAACACGCCGUCCUCAUCCUCGUUGUCAUGGAGUGUGAAGUCUACAAUCACUUAUUUAGUGUGUGUGUGUGUGUUCAUGUAGGGAGGUUAUAACCUGCAGUCUACAGCAGAGGGCGCUGCAGCCUGUGUUAGAGCUCUGCUGGGAGGAGCGUGUCCUCCUCUGACUCCGCCCACAGCUCCAUGUGACAGGUAACAUGUUAGACACCUGAGUCAUGGAGUUUAGCGUCAACAUAAAGAAGUACGAUCACCUGACAUCGCUCUCUCUUUCUCCCCCCCUCCCCCCCAUCUCUCUCUCUCUCUCUCUCUCUCUCUCUCUCUCUCUCAGUGCCCUGGAGUCCAUCUCUCAGACGGUCUCCUGUCUGUAUCCAUUCUGGUCCAGUCUUCAGGUUCUGGGUGAGUUUCUCGUGGAUCAUAUUUCAUGUAAAUUUCCAUCCGGUUGACUUUCUGGUAGGGCAGUAGAUUAUUGUAAUAAAGAAGACAUGCCAUCAAUAAACACAGUUAAAUGUCAUUUUUUAUAUCAAGAUAUAUUUUAAUAUCGACUAAUAUGAAAAAAACUAUAGAGUGAUAAACUUUUUCCCAUAUCAACCAGCCCUACACCAAAUAUCCUGAUGUGGGCAAAAUUAUGUCGGUUGUUGUUGUAAAUUAAGGUAUCAUUAAAUUUUCAGUUUAUUGCCCAGCCCUACACCAAAUACAUAGAUAUGGGCAAAAUGAUGUUGGUUAUUGUUGUAAAUUUCGGUAUUGGUAAAUUUGCCGUUUAUCACCCAGUCCUACACAGAAUAUACCAAUAUUGGCAAAAUGACGUUGGUUAUAUUCGUAAUUUGGUUUUAGUAAAACUUUGGUUUAUCGCCCAGACCUACAUCAUAUGUACCAAUAUGGGCAAAAUGACGUUGUUUAUUGUAGUAAAUUUUGGUUUGAGCAAAUCUUUGGUUUAUCGCCCAGCCCUACAUCAUAUCUACCAAUAUGGCCAAAAUGACGUUGGUUAUCUUCGUAAAUUUUGGUUUUAGUAAAUCUUUGCUUUAUUGCCCAGCCCUACAUCUCAUAUAUGGCUAAGUGCAAAAUGAUGUUGGUUAUUGUUGUAAAUUUCGGUAUUGGUAAAUUUGCCGUUUAUCACCCAGUCCUACACAGAAUAUGCCGAUAUGGGCAAAAUGACGUUGGUUAUUGGCGUUAAUUUCGGUAUUGGUAUAUUUUCAGGUAAUCGCCCAGCCCUACAUGGAAUAUACAGAUAUGGGCAAAAUGACGUUGGUUAUUGUUGUAAAUUUCUGUAUCAGUAAAUUACCUGUUUAUCGCCCAGGCCUACACCGAAUAUGCUGAUAUGGGGAAAGUGACGUCAGUUAUUGUCAUUAAUUGUGGUAUUGGUAAAUUUUCAGUUUAUUGCCCACCCCUACUUUCUGUCAGAAUCUGUGGAGCAGAGAAGAUUUAGGUCCUCUGUGGUUUUAUCAAUAAGAAUUAAUCAAAUAUUAAAUUUGAAGAAGUGCAGCAUUAGUUGGUAUUUAAUUUCAGUACAGACUUUAAAUAUUGUUGUCUUUGUGGAUACUCUGCACCUCGGCUUCUUUUGAAUUUCUUGUUUUGUGUCUUCUUCUUGAUUGUGAAUCAGGUCAGUUUGUAACUUCACUGUAAAGGCAAACUUAUUUCCUGAUCAUGGACAUACGACGUUCAUUCAUUCACACGUUUAUUCAUUUAUUCAGUCACCAAUCAGGAAACUACAGCGUCUGUCAAACACCUCAGAUGGAUCCAUCAAAGGAGUGGCAUGAUCAAAACGACCAUCAGUAAAGCUUUCAGAGCAGCUUAGUUUAUGAUUUAGGAUCUAAAAAUGUCAAUGGUUCAUGAACUUUCCUCUAAAGUUUUUUUUCAAAGAUUCAUGAUUUAGAAAUUUAGAAAGUUAGUAAUCUCAUACCUGUAAAAAUACUUAAUUAUUACAGAGGGUGGCCCCUUUGCUGAGCAUGUCAGGACAACAACCAAUGAGAGCGUAAAACCAGCCAGCCCUGCCCCCUCUGUCACCACGACAACAGGUCUGGUUUAUGACGAGAGAAUGAUGGAGCAUGCCAACCUGUGGGACAGGUGAGUUACCUGAAAAUACGGUGAUGUAGAGGAUGACACCCCCCUCAUGUGACCCCCUCUGUCUGCAGACAUCAUCCUGAACAGCCUCAGAGAAUCUUGAAGAUCUUCUCCAAACAUCAGCAGCUAGGAUUGGUUGAUCGUUGCCAUCGGAUACCAGCCCGCCUAGCAACAGAGAAGGAGCUGUCGAAGUGUCACAGGUGUGUUUUUUUUCUUCUAAUCUAACUCUAGAUUUUUACAGAGUCUGAUGGAAAAAUCAGUAAGUGGUUUGUGUGUGUGUGUGUGUGUGUGUGCGUGUGUGUGUGUUUGUUUGUGUGUGUGUGUGUGUGUGUAUGUUUGUAUGUGUGUUUGCUUUUUUGUUUGUUUGUUUGUAAUGUGUGUGUGUGUGUCUCUGUAUGUGUGUGUCCCUGUGUGUGUCUGUCUGCAUGUGUGUGUGUGUCUGUCUGUACAUCCAGUGCUCAGCACAUCGAGCAGAUGAAGUCCACGGCGGGGAUGAAGCCCAGAGAUUUACACAAACUGGGGAAUGACUUUAACUCCAUCUUCUUUAACAACCAGAGCUUUACGUCCGCUCUGCUGGCCGCAGGAAGCUGCUUCAGCGCGGCGGAGAGCAUCCUCAUGGGACAGGUUUGCUUACGUUCUGCCUCACGUGCCUCCAGAUUAACCCUUCGAUACUCUACAGGUGAGAGCUGGGGCCUGUUCUACGAAGCAAGUUCAACCUAGCGAGGUAGCCUAGGAGCUACCUCGCUCAACUUAGCGCUGUAGUCAGCGGUAAACGGUCUUACGAUGCUGGUUAUCAACCUCGUAAGUGGAUCCAGCUUUGCUAGUCAGUGGGCGGGGUUUUUAUACUCAGUGAGUUCAAUCUGGAACCUUUGAGCCGUUGAGCGUACGUUGCCAUGGAGACUCCCCUCGCCAAGAAGUGAACCCGCGUCGUAGAACAGGAAACCUCGAACUUACCCUCAACGUUACCUUGCUAAGCAGUAAUCCUGCCUCGUAGAAUAGACCCCUGAUCAGUGUUUCUCUCCAGGUGAGUAACGGCGUGGCCAUUGUCCGUCCUCCUGGUCAUCACGCUGAAAGAGACUCUCCCUGUGGAUUCUGCCUUUUCAACACGGCUGCCCUCACUGCCCGCCACGCACAGAAAAUAUCCAAGGAUGCUCCACUGCGAGUGCUCAUUCUGGAUUGGGAUGUUCACCACGGCAACGGGACUCAGCACAUGUUCGAGGACGACGACAGGUGAGGAGGAGGCGUGUGAAGUUAACGAAAUAACAGCUAAGUGAAUGAAAGUGAUGAUGGACCUCUGUCUGUCUCCAGCGUUCUUUACAUUUCCCUCCAUCGCUAUGACAAUGGGACCUUCUUCCCCUCCUCAGUGGAUGCCGCACCCGACAGAGUGGGCGUGGGAAAAGGGGCAGGGUUUAAUGUCAAUGUGGCGUGGAGCGGUGGGAGGAUGGGGGACUCGGACUACCUAGCUGCUUUUCACAGAGUUGUCAUGCCAAUCGCAUCGGAGGUAACACACACAUGCGCACACACACACACACACACACACACACACACACACACACUCUCCUUCUGCUAAACCUCACCAAGCCCUCUGAUUGGUCGAUCCUCUCUGCAGUUUAACCCUGGUCUGGUUCUGGUGUCAGCUGGGUUCGAUGCAGCUCGAGGGGAUCCCCUGGGUGGAUAUCAUGUGACCCCUGAGGGAUACGCCCACCUCACUCACCUGCUGACGUCACUGGCUGGGGGGCGUGUCUUGGUUAUACUGGAGGUAAACUUUGAAACACACAAACAAAUUGACACACACACACACACAUAUUUAGAGGAUGAAAUUUAUUAAGUUGUGUGUGUGUGUGUAUAUGUGUGUAUGUGCAUGUAAUUGUGUGUGUGUAAUAUUGCUUGUGUGAGUGUGUGUUAUUGCCUGUGUGUGUAUGUGUGUUAUUGCCUGUGUAUGUGUUUGUGUGUUAUUGCGUGUGUGCGUGUUAUUGUGUGUGUUGCCUGUGUGUGUUCGUGUGUUAUUGCUUGUGUGUGUGUGUAAUAUUGCAUGUGUGUUUGAGUGUGUGUUAUUGCCUGUGUGUAUGUGUGUGUGUGUAGUUGAGUGUGUGUUAUUGCCUGUGUGCGUGUGUGUUAUUACCUGUGUAUGUGUGUGUGUAUGUGUGUGAUUUGCCUGUCUGUGUGCGUGUGUGUAUGAUUUUGCUUGAGUGUGUGUGUUAUUGCAUGUGUGUAUGUACGUGUUAUUGCAUGUGUGUAUGUGUGUGUGUUUGUUAUUGCCUGUGUGUGUGUGUGUGAGUGUUCGUUUUGUGUGUGUGAGUGUGUAUUAUUGCCUGUGUGUGUGUGUUUGUUUUGUGCGCGCAUGUGUGUGUGUCAUUAUAUGCCGGCACGUGUGUGUGUUAUUGCGUGUGUGUGUUAUUGCGUGUGUGUGUUAUUGCCCGUGCACACACAUCAAAACACAAACAAACAGACACACACACACACAUAUUUAGAGGAUGAAAUUUAUUAAGUUGUGUGUGUGUGUGUGUUUGUUUUCAGGGCGGUUACAAUCUGACCUCCAUCUCUGACUCCAUGGCCAUGUGCACCAGCGUGUUGCUAGGAGACCCUCCUCCCUCCUUAGUGUCGCCCCUCUCUCCCCCUCAUCACAGCGCCGUGGCAACAAUAAACGAGGUCAUCCGACACCACGCCCCCUACUGGCGGUCCCUGAGGAUACACAGUGAGCUUUCAUUUGAUUAAAGGGGACCUGCCAUAAAAAUGUAAUUUUUGUUUUUUUUUGUGUCAGAUAAGGUCCAUAUUAUGUUCGUCUUAUGUUGUAAAUGUGAAAACAAACCGUUACGUCGUUUGCAUUCUGUAAAGGUUUAAAAUAAAGGAACGAGUAAACCAGGCCAAUUGAAAAAGCAGGUCGGUGUUACGUUGCGUUGACGUUGCUCAUUAUAAUUCACGAGCGCGUCCUCGGUGAGCCGCGCCCACUCUCUCGUUCUCGUACUCAGUCACAGCCAGAGCGAGACCCAGCUACCACUGUAUCCGCUAUGGGUCUCUUCCAAACGACCGGUGUUUCCUUCGGUUCACUGCCGGGAAAAUGAACUUAAAGCUGGGCAGAAUGAAUGAGAAAACACCGCUGGAGAUCUCCGGCUUCUUCCUCAACUUCCACCUCCUCUUCGGACUCGGGGUCUAAAAUAUAUGGUUUAAUACCUGCCGUUUUUAGCCUUUAGCAUAAGGUGACCAGACGUCCCCGAUUUCCGGGGACAGUCCCCGUAUUGGAUGACAUGUCCCCGGCAAAAGCUGUCCCCGAAAAUGUCCCCGAUUUAAGCGUUCCAUGAAUGAGAGCAAAAAUGUUGCGUGUGGCCUCGAACAACGGUUAUUACAGUAGCCGAAUAGGUAGGAAGCACAAGUAAGCAGUCCUGAACAACAGUUCUUAUGGGGUUAUUACAAGGGGCAUGUGCUGCUACUAAAUAGUACCGAGACUUUGUCUGUGAUCACACAGCCCCUGCAGCCCCUGCAGCCCCUGCACCGCACCAAAUAUCCCCGGAUAUCAUUACAGACAUCUGGGCACCUUACUUUAUCACACAUUAGCAUAUGCUAUUAGCAUUAGCAUAAUAACAAUGGAUAAACCGAAAUCCGAACCUCCACUGCUGAGCCAAUCAGAGCACAGCAGGCUUCACAGCAGCGAUCCAAUCAGAGCAAAGCUCAUUACCAUAAAUGCUAAUGAGCCAAAAUCAGUUGGUUUUCCUGUAAGGUUUUUUAGGCAUACUAAAACAAACCAUCAAAUAACUUUUCAGCUAAAAUUAUGUUGCAAACAUGAUCAGAGGACAUCAAGGAUUGUGAAAAAAUGAUAAAAAUGGGGAUGAAAUUUUGGUGGCAGGUCCCCUUUAAAAUUAGUUUAUGAUGAGAAACUUCUCGCCUGUUUGAUCAGAAAUAAUAAAAAUUCUCCCAGUUCCAGAGUCAGUGCAGGCCUCUCUUCCCUCCCCAAAGCAUCGUGGGAAACGUAGGUCUAAAGGAAAAGGCAGGAGGUCAGAUCAGAGCAGCGCAGACAGACCUCCUCUGCCCCCUACAGGACAGGAAGACUCAGCGGUAAAACAUUCAAAAAUAAAAAAUCAAAACUUUUUAAGAAAGAGAAAAAAAAACAACAUUUUGUCUGUUUCCUGUUUUCGUCCAAGCAGGCGGAGUUUAGGCUGGAUCAGCUCACUCAGGGAUUGGCUGGUUUGGACAUCAGUCAGACUUUAGCCAAUCACACCCCUGUAACAUCGACACCGGUAGGCGGGGCCAGACCGAAGGUCCGCCUCAGCUCAGAGAAGAUCAUCAGUGGAGGUGAAGUUAAGGUGGAGUCAGAGGAGGUGACACCUGAGAUUAGCCAAUCAGAGGGGAGCACACAGCCUCAGGUGAGUCACCUGUGUUAGUGUUCCUGAAGGAGACCCAGCCCAGGUUUGGGACGGGCCUCUAUUAGAAGAUGUAGGGUAAACACCAAUAGACUCUGAGUCUGGAUUUACAAAAACCUGGUUCUCUCUUGUUUAAUGCUCGCCAUCUCAACAGGACGUGUAGAGCAAAAUGCCACUUCUGCUUUCAAAACGCAUGGAUUUAUUAAUUUCUUUUUCACAUUUUACAGCCUGCUGUGUCAGCCGGAGGACAGGGGGCGGAGCCAGAGCCAGAAGGGGCGUGUGGUUGGUCAAAGACUCAGAUAUCUCUGAAGCUGACGUGUGGCGGACAGACAGACGUCAGAGACACUCUCAUUAAACCUGUUCUUAUAAAUACCUGUCUGUGUGGGGUCACAUGACUCACCUGUCUCUCUGUUGGCCCCUUAGGCCCCUCUGUAUGUUGUGGACCCUCUGCCCUGGUGUCCUCACCUGGAUGCGGUUAAGCCCCUCCCUCCUUCAGGUAUAGAUGUCUUCCAGUUGUGUCAGGACUGCGGCUCUGAGGCGGAGAACUGGAUCUGUCUCACCUGUUACCAGGUGAGACCCCUCUCACCUGUCUCACCUCUUAGACCACCCCUCUCUGAAGAUGUCUCACCUGCUGAUGAUGUCGUGUUUCUCACCUGUUUGUGUGUCACUCAGGUGUUCUGUGGUCGCUACGUGAACGAGCACAUGGUGACUCAUGGCGUGGUGGCGGAGCACCCGGUGGUCCUGAGCUUCUGUGACCUGUCGGUGUGGUGUUACCUGUGCGAGUCAUACGUCCACAACCAGGUAACCCCGACUCCUCACCUGAAAGUCCAACUGAAACCACCUCCACCUCCAACUUCUCUGAUUUGAUGUUGAUCAUAAACUGAUGGUCUGUUUUUAUUGGUUAAAUACUCCUGGUCAAAGUUAAUGAUUAAAGAUCAAUAUUAACACUGAUCCUCGGCGAUCCUACGUGACUCCAUGAAUAUUGUUUACAGUUUCUCAGGAACUAUACCGUGAAUCUCUACAGGAUAAAAAGUGUUCAAAAGCGUACCCUUUUGGCGAUCUAUCAAGGGUUUCCAGACAUUUCUACACCUGCCACAAGGUUUACAAUCCAGCCACACAAAUAGGUGUUUGAUCAGAGACGUUUGAUGGUAAAUCUGCAGUGAUAUACCGGUGAAAACAUGAUUAUUGAUCAGAUUGUUGUGAUAAAAAAAGAUCGCUAUCGCUAAAUGCCGCUGAUGUCGGGUUUGACAAGCUGUUUUGAUGACAUCUUUUUCUGUCAAACUUUCAACCAAUUACAUGGUCUCAUAUUCUUCUUCUAUUGUUCCCUUGACGGUAGUGUCCAAUAAGAGACAAGAAAGGUCCCUGCUUGUCUGCAAAAUAAGAAAUAAUGGUCCUCAAUGUUUGGAAACAAGCGAAGAAGAGAAUAUGAGCAGUUAUGCUGAUUUGGAACCUAAUUUUUUGGGGCCAAUGCCAAUACUGAUUAAUCGGCCGAUUUUUGAAAUUCAUUAAAAAUUAAAGUUAUAAUAUACAGUAUAUAUAUAUACUGUAGAUAUCUACAGUAUACUGUAGAUAUACUGUAGGCUACUGCUCUUUAUGCCAACAGGAAGACCGAGUGAUCAAACUCGGACGAGAAAAGCGUUUUCAACUACCCCUCGGGACUUUUCAAAUGGCGGAACAUUUUCAAAGUGAAACCGAAUCUUAUUCUCCGCAUUUUAUUUAUGAAAAUAUCUGUGAAAAUCGGCGAGUUUUGGCCGAUUACAGAUUAGUCUCAAAUGGGCUAAAAUUGGCUGAUUUAAUUGGCUCGCCGCUAAAUCGGUCGGGCCCUAGUCCUCUGUCUCAUCCCAGACAGGAACUGCUUCAAGGAGUGGCAUUAACAACUGUAAAUAGUAAAAAACGCCUGGAAGAAUUAGCGUAAAUAUGUUAAUAGUUUCUGUUGUGUGUUUGUUCCAAUCCCAAUAUUUUUUCUCCUGAUAGCCAAGACUUGAGAGAAUGAUGUGCAGGUGAGAAAAGGCUUGGUCACUGUAGAUUUGUGUUUUUUGAGCAAAGUACUGUUGGUAUUAAUUUCUGUUUUUGUUUUUUGUUUGACUUUGAUGGUUCUGAAUCUACUGUCACAUUCAUUUUACAUCAUUUUAGCUCCAUAAACUGAGAGCUGAGGUUGUCCUGAAAAAAAAGAUGGAUAUAUAUUUGCUGUGAUUGAAAGAAUCGAGUUGAUACAUAGGGCUCUAUUUUCGUGUACGCCGGUGAGGCGACGGAGGGUGGCGGACACCACGCAGUUGUAUUUUCGUCUGGCGGAGCCCAGCGUACAGCCAGUUUGGUAUUUUCGUGGACUGAGGCGCACGGAGGCGAACCGAGAUCCGCCAAGCGGGGCGUGGUGGCGUGGCAGGGGGAGGUGUCGACAGAAUCAGCGGGCGCAGUGACAUUUUCGUGCUCGCCAUUGGCGUGUAAAGUGCGCUGAAAGCUCGUCGAUUAAAACCUGGUCAGCUUUCAGCGCAGGUGGAGCGCAGCUGGUCUAGUGAUAUUUUGGUAGAUCGGCGGCGUAUCGGCAUACGUCACUGAUGCCUCACCGGCAGGUUUCCACAGUGUCAGGCACAUUUCAGUGCAAUAAAUAAUCAACAACAACUAAUAAUCUGAGUCAGCACAUACAUUUAGAUCUAUAUAGAUAUAUUCUGAUCUAUAUCUGAUUCUGAUCUGAUGAGCGCGUUUGGCACGCGUUUGGACACACAACCUGACCGAAUCAGCACAGCUGAAACCGCAUCAAAUUAAAUUAAAUAUCUAGUAAAUAUACACACAUGAUGAAGUUAACAAGAUAUUUAAUUCGUCUCCCUCCUUUUCUUUCUUCCUCUUCCUCUUAUUUCUCGCACAGCUCAACCUGGACAUGUCUCCGUGUCCUCUCUCCGUCCUGCAGUGGCAGCUGAACAGAUGAUUUGUUUCAAUGAUCAGAUGAGUUAUUUACUUUCAGCCUACAUAUGGAUAUUAUAAUAUUCAGUUUUGUGAGCCAAAUUUAUUUUAUAUGCCAACAUCUAGAAAGAAAGAGCCAGGCCACGGAGCGCGAUGCGUCAUUUACGCACAGAUGGUUCUGAUUUUAAUGCCAUUAUUGGAGUUUAUGUUGUGAUCUGUGUGUGGUUGUGACCACCUUUGUCACGUGAGGUUUGAAUAUAUGCAACUUUAUGUGAGUGUCUUUAUUUGUGGAAAAGGGUGUUUGUCUUACCAGUGGUUCCAACAUUACACACACCAAAUCCAUCUGUGCUCAUAUGAGAGAGUGUGGAGGACGCCCAAUGCAGCGCUUACAUUGACACUUGUUGAGGAGCUGCCUUCUGUCACCAUUGUGUGGCAUUACUGUCUUCAGUCAUCUCUUGAUCUCUUUGACUACUUCAUGAAAAUUGUAAUACGUCUCGCCGGUGGCGGAUUUAAAGGCAAGGAGAGGAGCUUAUGUGAUUGGUGAAAACAGGUUUCGGCUGUGUUAAAUCCACUCCCCGCCCUCUCUCCUCCCUCGCUACGACUUACGCCGCUAGGAGGAGCUGAGUUAGGGAGGGGGGAUACUUACGCCGGGCUGCGCCGCUCACCAAAAUACCAAAAUGUGCUUGGGAACGCCUUGUCGGCGCGGCGGACCUCACUUACGCCGCGCAUGCGCUGCGUCACUGGCGAGGCACGAAAAUAGAGCCCAUAGAUUUUUACAAAAAAAAAGGGGGGAACAAAAAUAGCAGAAUAUAGCUGGGAGUUCGAAGGGUUAAUAUGAAGUCAUGAUAUCAGUGAGCUGAAAGGACAGCGGAGCAACAACAACACAUGAGCUCCGUGUUUGUAAAAAUCGUCGAUGUUCUUGCUGUGGUGCGACAUUAAAAAACGAGAGUCGACCUUGUUUCCUCCCACUGAAAAAAAUCGUCUCUCCUCGUCCUCUGUGUCUGUUUGUCCAGAUCCUGUUCGAGGCUAAAAACGCCACUCACUUUGCCAAAUUUGGAGAGGAGAUCCCGCCAUGGAGCUGA